AUGGCACCUGCUCUCACAGUCCUCUUCCUGGCUCAUCGAGAAUACCCCAAGCCCCUCAUCUCUGUGAUCCCCAGCCAGGUGGUGGCACUUGGGGGGAAUAUCACCAUUCACUGUGAGGGUUUGUACCCAGGCAUGAAGUUCUAUCUGUACAAACCUAGAUACACAGACCAGCUGCAGCAGGAGGUGCCUGGGCGGAACGUGUCUGAGUUUCUCAUCACCAAUGUGAGUGGGGAAGAUAGAGGGAGCUACAGCUGCAGCUAUCACCCCAUAACAGAUGAGAACCGCUGGUCAGAUCUCAGUGACCCUGUGAAGCUGGUGGUUGGAGAGCCCAGCCACCCAAAACCCAGCAUCUCCCUGAGCCCCAGCAGCGAGGUGAGCCCAGGGAUACCUGUGACCAUCCAGUGUCGGGGUCCGCAACAAGGGAUGAGGUUUGCUCUGAUCAGAGUGGGAAGCAGUUUCCCACCCCAGGACGCCUUCGGGUUUCAGGCUCAGUUUGUCAUCCCCAGUGUGAGCACUGAGCACAGCGGGAGCUACAGCUGCUACUACCACAGCAAAUCUGACCCGUUCACUGUGUCUGAGUCCAGCGACCCUGUGGAGCUGGUGGUGAGAGGUGAGGGGCACAAUUCAGCAUCCUGCUCCCAGCCUCACUCACAGCCAGACCCCCAGAGGGUGCUGGUGAUGGGUGGGAUGUUUCAAGCCAGGCCCUAUUCUAGAGCCCAGGAUGGGGAACACCCAGUUAGGGAGCAGGGACUGAGACACUAGGAGGGUUAGCAUGUACCAGGGAGCAGCAGAUGCUGGAGGUUGAGGGCAGCUGUUUGUUCAGCCUUUGGUCUGCCCCUUUGUGCAAGUGCAUUCAGGAGCCGUGAUCACACCCCAUUUGCCCCAGUCUGUGUCCAGGGGGUGGUGAAUGAGGCUGUAGGAGGAAGAAGAAUGGAUCUGGGAUGUCAGGUGCUGGGUAGGAUCCAGGAGAUCAUGCUGCAGUUCCUGGGUCCAUCGCAGAUGGGAGCUGCCUGCUGCAGGCUCAGGCUCCCCACCCUGGGUGAGGGGGUGCCGGGGGCUGUGUGCUCCU